AUGAGUGACUCAGAAUGGGAGGUAGUUGGCCGCAUGAGUGUGCUCAUGGGCGAACCCGCCAUCAGUGGCACGUUCGAGUCUCUAAGCGGAGACCAGCAGCAUGCUGCUAUCAACAAGUUCCUACAAGGGGAACUUGCCGUCGAAGGACAGAAGAUAGCCUUGCUACAGCAGCAACGCUCUCAUCAGUCGAUGGGCGGGCCGACGCACAUGUGUCGACCCGAAACCUUGAAGAUUGAUAUCUCAAGGUACAAGGGAACCGAUGAAGAUUCCCUUUGA